CCACAAACACAAUAACCAACCAUUCAUUCUUCUUUCUGGUUUCUGCAAUCUGCACAGUAAUUAUGGAAUCUAAAUCCGGGUCAAAUUUCCAAGAUUUCUUGCCCCUCAUGGCUGAAAAGCUAGGCGGGGACGGGUUGAUAGGCGAGCUGUGCAAUGGGUUUCAGCUGCUGAUGGAUAGGGAGAAAGGGGUCAUCACUUUCGACAGCCUGAAGAACAACUCUGCUCUGCUGGGCUUGCAAGAUCUGAGCGACGACGAUCUAUGGAGCAUGCUCCGGCAAGGGGAUUUCGACGGCGAUGGGGCUCUCAACCAGAUGGAGUUCUGUGUGCUCAUGUUUCGAUUGAGCCCUGAGUUAAUGGACCACUCUCAGUUUUUGUUAGAAGAGGCUCUUCAAGAUCUGCUCUAAGACUAAGAUUGUUGUAACUUUAACACCAUUCAUUCUUUGUAGUCUGCACACUUUUCUUUCACUGCUGCAACGAUAAAGUACCCUUAAUUGACCUUAUUGAUUUUAUUUAUGAUUUUGAAA